AUGCCGUUCCAUCAAGUGCGGGCGGGCCUGCUCUAUCCAGACAACUACCUGAGCAGCUCCCUGACAGAGGGCAGCGAAGCCUUCCAGCUCAACAGCAUCUCCACAGAGGAGCUGGGAGAGAUCCGUGACGCCUUUCGUAUUUUGGAUCGAGAUGGGAAUGGAUACAUCUCCAAACAGGAGCUGGGCAUGGCCAUGCGCUCCCUGGGUUACAUGCCCAGUGAAGUGGAGCUGGCCAUCAUCAUGCAGAGACUGGACAUGGAUGGGGACGGCCAGGUGGACUUUGAGGAGUUUAUGACGAUACUGGGGCCCAAACUUCUGUCAUCUGACAACCGAGAAGGAUUCCUCGGAAGCACCAUCGACAACAUCUUCUGGCAGUUUGACAUGCAGCAGCUGUCUCUGGAUGACCUGAAGCAGGUGCUGUUCCACGCCUUCCGGGAACACCUGACAAUGAAGGACAUAGAGAACAUCAUCAUCACCGAGGAGGAGAGUCUCAAUGAAACCUCAGGGAACUGCCCUGAGUAUGAGGGAGUUCAUCCUAAGAAGAAGAAUCGACAGACGUGUGUCAGGAAAAGCCUGAUCUGCGCCUUCGCUAUGGCUUUCAUCAUCAGUGUCAUGCUCAUCGCAGCCAAUCAGAUGCUGCGGAACGGCAUGGAGUAACCGAUUGCACUGUGAGCAUGGGGAGUGUACAGGACAGCCAUGA